AGAAAUAUUUAUGAUUUUUUUUUUUUGGGUGUUUGCGCGUAAAGAGUCACUAACAUAUUCCGUUGACUUUUACCCAAUUCCCCACUAACUGAGAGAAAAGCAAGUAAGACAACAUGCCCACCACCUUCCUCCUUUCCCAUUCCCCACCAUUUCGCACCACCGCUACCAUGCAAAGAAGCAUCACCUCCUUCCAUUAGACCCUCCUCGCCUUCUUCAUCGUCAUCAUUAACAUCGUCAUGAUGUAUUCCCACCGGAGCUUACUCUCCCCCGACAUUUACAACUACACCUGCGGCUCUUAUUGCGAAACUUCUCUUCAUCGUCCUCCUCCCCCUCUCUUCGACGACUCUAACCCUAACCCUAACCCUAGUCUCCCCGCGCCGCCGCCAACUCCCUCCCGCUCCCACGGCCUCUCCAACUCCCUCCUCCUCGCCGCCUCCCUGCUAGCCGCCGCCGUCCUCCUCGCGCUCACCUUCUUCGCCGUCAUCCGCCGCCGCCGCCGCCGCCAACUCCUCUCCCCCUCCCCCCGCGCCGCCGGAACCCUAGGUCCAGCCGGGAGCGACGACGACGACGACGACGACGGCGGCGGCGGCGGCGGCGCGGAGCCGCUCCACCACGCGUGGUACGUCCGCACCGUGGGGCUCGACGACGCCACCAUCGCCUCCAUCCCCGUCGCCGCCCACCGCGGCGGCGGCGGCGAUUGCUCGGUGUGCCUCGGCGAGUUCCGCGACGGCGAGCUCGUGCGCCUCCUCCCCAAGUGCGCCCACCCCUUCCACCUAUCCUGCAUCGACACGUGGCUCCGCGCCCACGUCAGCUGCCCCCUCUGCCGCUCCCUCGUCGUCGACCCCUCCACCGCCGCCGAUCCCCCCAUCGGCUCAAUCCCCACCCCGAUCGCCGCCGCCGCCGCCGCCGCCGCCGAAUCAGAUCCUACCCAAUCCGAUCCCGACGACGAAGAAGCUUCACAAGAAGAAGUAGUAGUAGAAGAGAUUGAGAACAGAGCUACAAUUGUCGACCCCGAAUCGGAUUGCCCCAAUUCGCCGCUCCCGGGAUCGGAGCCUGUGCCACAGGCUCCGAUCGAUCCGGUGAUCGGGCGAUCGGUGUCGAUGGAUUCGCCGCACGUCGCCGUGUCAGUGGCACCGGAGCCGGAGGAGAGUGAGCUCAAUCCACAGGAGGACCAAAUUGUAAUUAAGGAGAAGGAAAAGGACCUCCAAGCAAAUCUUUCUAAAGCCCCGGCAACAUCUGAUCAUUUGGACAUCGAACGAUCUCUAUCGAGUAGCGGGAGAGGGUUCUUCUUCUCGAGGCACGGGCGCGCAAGGAGCUCCAUUUUGCCCUUGUGAAUGCGGAGAGGAGUGGGGUAAAAUUUCUCUCCCUUUAUGCGGAUUUUUGUUCCGUACACUAUCAAAAGAUCGAUCUGAUAGGAAACGAAUGUAUCAGAAAUAGACUUAACAAUAUUGAGAGCGGCCUUGAAAGUGCAAGAGCCGCUCAUAUACAAUCGGAGGAUUAAAAUCGGUAUAAAUUGGCGAAAUUUACAAUGGCCAAGUGAAUAACUGUAUCAAUCCUCAAUUCGAUAAAGCAAUUUCUGCUUUUCCUUGCAAGAAUAUGUAAUUUCAAAUAAAAUCAGCAUAUGGUUUUUAAUAUGAUUUUGGAGAUUUUUGUUUGAGUAA